AUGCAAUAAAUUGAAAUACUUGACUUAAGAUUUAUAGAUAAUCCAGAUGAAGUAACUAAGUUUGAGGAUGCUAUUAAUCUUUGUGUAAAAAGAAAAAAUGAAAUUGAUAAUGUGAAUACAAAUCUGAAUUAAAAAUUAAAGAAUUAUGUCGAUGGUGAAGUAAUUAUGCAAAUUAUAUACAGGAUCCAUAUUACAGAGAAAUUUAAGUUAAAAGUGAGGAAUUACAUUCUUAGGCACUUAAUUGUACAAAAAUAUUUGAAGUAAGAUGAUUUGAUCAACCUGUAUUUUAGUAAUUCAAACUGCCAACUCAUUUGGAUUAAGAAUUAUCAUCAUAUUAAAAGGAGUAUAAAUAAAUGGAAUAAUAAAUUAAAUAAUAAGAAGAUAAAAAAAGAUGGGGUGCUGCUGAAAAAUAGAAAUAAAAAGCAAAGUUACUUAAAUUAAUAGAAGAAAUAUAAUUGUCAAUUUUAAGUAAAAAUUCAAUUAAAUAAAUACAAAAGAUAAACUUGAUUUACCAGAACCUGACAAUAAAAGUGGAAUUAUUUUUAAUUGGAUUGCUGGAUGUUUGAUAAAAGCAAAAAAAGGUCCUGUAUAAUUAGCAGAAGAACUUAAAUUAAAAGUAGAAAAAGUAUAAUUAUAACCUGAAUCUAUAAUCAAUUAACCUGCUCCUCCUUAAAGUGGGGGUAUAUUUGCAUGUGGUGGAAGGAAACCACUUUAAAAUUCAAGACCCUUAAAAAGAGCUGCUUUACCAGAAGAAGAAUAAAGAUAUUAUGAAAAUAUAUUAGCAUGGAAAGCAAUAAAAUAAUAUGUUUUUUCAUAAGAAUUUAAAUUCUAAGAGAAAGUAUCUACAUUUACUUAAGAAUUUGAAAAAUUGGAAGCAUUUUAAAUAAUGUUGAUAGAAGAGAUUGUUUAAGAGAAGAAAGAGAUAAUAAAAGCAAUAUUUGAUAUAGAUAUAAAAGAUUAAGUUAGAGUAAUAAUUGAAAUUAAUGAAAUUGUAUUAUUUUUAUUAAAGGAUAAUUAAUAAGAUCAAUAGAAUAAAAUAAAAGCAUUAGAAGCUGAAUAAAUUGAAUAAAAUAUGAGAUAAAAGGAAAUAGAGAUUUAAAUGAUGUAAAAAUAAAAGACUUAUUUUGCUGGAAAAGAAAAAAGAUUAAUGAGUCUAAAAAGUACAUUUGCAACACUUUUAUCAACUUCAAGUAAGAUUGUGGAAUUUGUUAAAGAAAAAAUGAAUACAAAUGAUUAAUUAUUUGCUUAAAUUGAAGUCUAAAGAAAUUCUGGACUUACUAAAGAAUUAAAGGUUAAUUUAGAAGUAGAAGAUGUAUAUAGAAGAAAGAGAUAUGAAUGGGAAGAAAAUUUAAAAAAAUAGCAAGCACUUGAAGAGGAAUAAAGAGAAGAAUAAAAGAAGAAACUUGAAUCUUAAGAAUAAAAAAAAGAGGAUUAAAAUUAAGAUCUUCUUAAUUAAGAUAAUAAAGAGGCAGUAUGAUUUUUUAUUAUUGUAGGAAAUUAAUAAUUCAAAUGUUUAAUAAGCUAAUGAUGAAGAUUAUGAUUAUUAAGAGGAUUCUAAUGGAAGUUAAGAUGAUGAAGAAGAAAAAUAGGAUUGGAUAGUAAAUUUUAUUUUAACUUAUUCAUUAAGAAACUAGCUGAUGAUGCUGAUACCAAACAUAUUUAAAUGACAUUAUUUCCUGACAAAAUAAAAACAGAUGAAAAUAAGAAAUUAGCCAAACAAAAAAAUUAAGGAGAAUCUUUAAAACAAUUAAUGGCAAAGAGAAAGAAAAAUUGA